AUGUCGCCCUACUCCAAUACAAUGCUAGCUUGUUUGCUGCUUGUACCCUAUACCGCAGCCGCCAGCUAUGGACUUUGCAAAGGCGCAAAGACUGAUGUUAAGGAAGACAUGAAGCUCAGCGAUUACGGAUCCAUGGUGAACGGUCUCGCCGUCUCGUGGCAGAUGCGCACUGCUGAAGGUGUAGUGCACGACGUUGAAACGCCGGCUGCUUGCUUCGAUCUGGCUUAUUACAAUGCCUCUUUGCCAUGGAAGACCUCGGUUGAAUACGAUCAGGAAACGCAGAUCUGCUCAAUCUACCGAGGAUCACCACUAUUGGGCCUGGACUACCCGGGAACUGCCAAAGCUUCCGUCUUUAUAGGUAUCAACCACCUUUGCGAUGACAACGACAACUUCGCUUCUAUUGCGGAGGUGCAGAAAUUGCUGAACGGAACCGACUCCAAGUUCGAUCCGUCCACAGAAGCGGCUCUGCAUUUGGAUGAUCCGGCAACGAAGGCCGCAUAUAGCAAGGCUGGUUGCUGCGAUAUUUGGUUUCCUGCCAAGAAAAAGGCAUGA